UGCGACGUCUCUUGUAAUCUACGUGUUCCACUUGUCUGUUUUUUUAAUUGUGUCAACUAUUAGCUUGAAGAAUGGAUAAAACAUCGGACGCUGAUAACUUGGAAGUGCGUCUUCAGGCGCUGGAGAGUCAAAUAUACGGCGAGAGACGAAACAAAAGUGGAAAACCCGUCAAGUGUGCCGAGUCUCUGGCGAGGAUCCAGGCUGGUUUGACCAACACGGCCAACAAGAGGGAACGAGUGAAGAUCCUGCACAAGAAGAUUGAGGACCUGCUAAAGUACCUGGACCCCCAGUUCACCGACCACAUCACUGUACCGGAUGCAAUGAAGCUGGAGUUCAUCCUUGCGGAAGAGGACUUCUUGCUUUCCCAGGCUGCUUUGCUGGAGCAAGUCAGCAACAUGCAGCCGCUGCUUGACAGCACCUACAUCAGAGAUGUACCAGAACACGCCACUAAGCUUCAGCGCCUGUCACAGAUCCACAUCAAAGAGCAGGACCAAACUGAAGCUCAGGCCCUGGAAGUAAAGAAGCUUUUUGAGGAAUACAACAAAAUGAUGUUCCUGCUGUCGAAGCAGUUUACCCAGUGGGACGAGACCCUGAGGAAGGUGGAGGAGACCAAGGGUGUUCGGCCUGUGGAGUAGCUGCUGUUGUCUGUUUUUUUUU